CUUUGGUACGAGGCUGUACACACGGAGCGCAAAAGUCGUCGCAAGCACGCGACGGGCUUUACGUACUUGUUGGCGCAAGUUUGGUAAAAAUGGAGCAUCCUUCGCGAUGUCGCGCGUUCGAAGGGUGUUAACAGAAAAUGUACAACCUGGAUCGAUUCGUCGCACCGAUACGAGUGAGAAAUUCGCACGUGUUCGGAGGACACGUCCGAUUUACGUUGCCACGACGAAUCGAUAUCGAACAAGGUCGGCCAAUUUUUGUUCGCAACCUGUACGCCGAUCUGUUAGUAACUCUCAAAGGAUCGUUCUCGCAACAUGGGUUUCGGGAAAGAUUAAAAUUGAGAAAACUUUGGAGAAUGUACUUUCAAGACAAUGUCACGUAGAAGCAAAACUGCAAAAUAUAAGCAAGGUAUUACCUAAUGUUAUUGUCAUACGAGAGGGCUGUGAAAAGUUUUGUAAUAUGAUUUCACAUACUAAUGAUCUAGCAGAGAAUGUAAGUGCCAAAGUAAGACAACUAGAUUUAGCAAGGAGCAGAGUAUACGAAUGUCAAAGACGGGUCAAUGAUAUCCUUGAUUUGCAAUUGUGCAGCGAAGGUGUUGCUAUGGCUCUACAUAAUGAAGAUUAUGAACAAGGAGCUGCACAUGUUCAUCGUUACCUAUCCAUGGAUCAACAAUUGUUGGAAAGGACAGCUGAAGACAUUUCAAUGGACCACACAAGUAUAAGUAGUUCUCUGAUUACUUUACAGCAAGCAGCUUUACAACUCAGAACUGUGGUCACACAUAAGUUUGAUGAAGCAGUAAAGUCAGAAGAUCUUGCUUCUGUUGAAAGAUUUUUCAAAAUAUUUCCUUUAUUAGGAAUGCAUUCUGAAGGGCUAAAGAAAUUUUGUAGUUACUUGUGUACAAAGUUACACGAAACAGCACAAAAAAAUUUGAAAGCGGCUUUAGAGAUCAAAAGUAGCGACAAGAGAGCAUCCGUUAUUUUUGCGGACACUAUGACAUUAUUGUUCGAGGGAAUCGCUCGUAUUGUAGAAAUACAUCAACCAAUAAUUGAAACAUACUAUGGUCCUGGAAGACUAUCAAUGACAAUUUCUAUCUUACAGAAAGAAUGCGAUAGGCAAGUUAAAAAGAUUAUUGCAGAAUUUAUGAAGCAUAGAUGCAUCUCUAAAAAAGUUCAAAUGGUAAAUGAUUAUCUUCGGAAACCUAGUUCUGAGAGAGCAGAUCCUAAAGAAUUUGAUUUAUUAUUGGGAGAAAUUACUAUAAUGCAUUCACGAGCAGAAUUGUACAUUCGCUUCUUGAGAAGAAGAGUUAAAAAUGACAUAGAAAUUAGUACAACAGACGAUGUACAGGUCAAAGAUUUAACGAAUGAAUUUGAAAGUAUAGUUAAUAAUUCCGAUUUAGCUCGUGGAAUGCAAGAACUUCUAGGCGCUUAUCUUGCAUUAGAAAGAUACUUUCUAGAAGAGAGUGUGAAUAAAGCAUUGGGAAUAGAUACCUUAGAUGAGGAUCAACAAACAUCCAGUAUGGUCGAUGACGUUUUCUUCAUAGUACAAAAAUGUAUAAGGCGGUCUAUGUCUAGUUGGAGCAUAGAUGGUGUCUGUGCGGUAGUGAAUAUGGCUUGUGGCAUAUUAGAAGGAGAGUUUGCGAAUAGAUUAAGAAACCGACUACGACAAGGCUAUCCAGCUGGAUACUUAGAUUUGGCUCAAGCUUAUAGUGCUCUUCAAACGAGUAUACAACAUGGACGUUUACAAACUUCAGACACGGAACUUGCUCGUCUAACAUUUUUGGCAUACUUAAAUAAUACCGAUGUCAGUAUCGAGUACGUUGAGACACUAUGUAAAAGUCUCAGUGCUGAAAUAGAUGCAACGUUUCCUAACAUGCAAGACAAAGAUAGGGGUAAAAUUGACAGUUGUUUAUCUGGCUUAAAAGGUGUUAUGUCAAUUUUACGAGCUGUUACCGAUUAUGGCUUAGAACAGUUGCGUGUAAGUGCUGUUAAACCAAGAGUCACUCCUUGGGUCGAUGCAUUUUUAUCCGUGGAUCAUCAUGUGAACGAGGAUGAUCUAUUACGAUAUGAAACUGAAGAACCUUUUGUACAAACAUUAGUCAUGAAUUUAGAAGGAUUACUUCAAAGCUUUAAAGGUAGUUUAACGACGUCUAAUUACGAUGCCUUGAUUGGUCUUCUUACUGCCGAAGUUACGGCUCGUUUAGAAAAAGUUGUAUUAAAGUCAACUUUCAACAGAGCAGGAGGUCUUAUACUUGACAAGGAAAUAAGAUCAUUAGCAAGUUACUUGGCUGCCGCUACUUCGUGGUCUAUACGUGAUAAGUUUGCACGAUUAACACAAAUAGCUACUAUAUUAAGUGUAGAAAAAGUUGAGGAACUGGCCGACUAUUGUGGAGCAGAUGCAAUUGCAUGGAGACUAACACCCGCUGAAGUUCGUCGGAUAGCUUCCCUAAGAAUAGAUUUUCGUCCAGAAGAUAUAAAAAGACUAAAGCUUUAAUUUUACUUUAACUCCUUUAAUAUGUAUAAAUAAUAAUGUAAUUUACGUAAAGAUGAUGCUAUCAUAAUGAUGUACUGUACAAUUGAAAUUUCUUGUACGUGAAACGCCUAUAUAAUAAAUGGAAAAUAAAUAAUAAACGUGUGUAGUGUUACUUUAUUC